AUGAAAAGGCGACACUCAAUCGAUCACGCCGAGAAGCGAAAUGUAGCCAUGGACAUGGCGACGAGCUGUGUGGCGACGAGCAUUUGCUCGACUCUUACAGGAAACGACAUCACGUUGAUGUCUCAAGUGAACCGAGCGUGGUGGCAUUUCGUCGCUGACAAUCGACAUCGAUUAGCGAAGAAAAAGAUUCAACUGAACAUCACACGGAAAAGUCAAUCGAAAGAACAAGAGUUUGAUUAUUUCGAUGGUUUCGAAAAGAAAACUUAUAAAGUGCCUUCCGUUUGCAGACCGGAAAUUCAAGUUCACUUUAUGUUGAAACAAGCCGAUGUUCUAAGGCAUUAUGGAGUGGUUUUAAGAAAGUUCAUGCCACGACCGCAUCAAAUUCUAAAGUCAGCCGACUCUUUUGACCCGAAUGAUAUCAAUCAAAUGGCCAUGGAUUCCGACUAUUACUUGGAAGUGAAAGCUGUGGAAAAUCUCGAGGAAAGCCUUCAUCCAAUCAUCGCCUCACUCGCCAACAAAGUCAACUUCGAAUGCUUGGUCCUGAUCGACCCAACGCCAUGCGAUCUCAUUUGCUUAACGGAAUGUUUCCAAAUGAAUUGGACAAGCGUUGAUCGGCUGCAAGUCCGUUUCAUCACCCCAACAAUCCCCGAUGAGUUCACGGAUUUUUUGAAAAUGACAAGAGGAUGUUCGGAGAUUAAGAUAAUCUCGGAUCGAGGAACUGAUCUCCCUCCAUCAAUCCUCACUUGCAACUCCAUCAAAAACGCGAAAUCCCUCGACAUCCACCUUGGCCACUUCUCAGCGAAAUCCUCCAUUAGUUGCAAGGAUGAAAAUGACGAAGAUCAAGCUGUUUGCUCGUUGCGAGCUGACAAUUUGAGACUCCGGGCAGUGAGAUUCUCGGCGAAAGGAGCGAAUGCUUUGAUAAAGCAAUGGAUCGAGAAGAAGCGCGGUUGCGAGUCUGGAUCUCUCGACAUUCAUAUCACCGUCGAUACGAGUCGAUUCAAGAAAGAGGAUGUCUUUGAGGGAAUCAACUAUGAGGAACGAGAUCGUCGCUUUCAUGAUCAAUACGUGGUGUCUCGGCCGGGCAAAGAGAAAUUCGACAAAGCUGUCGUUUCUUUCAUCGCUGGAGGAUUCACUUUCGAGACGUCAUCUCUUUCCGUCGAUGAUGACCAACAAAGACUCUGGUUC